AGAACAGGAACCAGAGCCUCUCUCUCUCUCUCCUUUCCUCCUCUGCGUCCCCCUCCGCCUCACUUGCAACGUGUUGCAAUUCCUCUUAGCGCACAUCCAGCUUGCCAAACCGCGGAAAAAGUUUGAGAAGUCUUGGAGAAAGCUUCUCUCCCCCCGCCCCCCCCCCAUUUCCCUUCCGCCCACAACUGGCUGGGCAGCCUGUGGGGCUCGUGACGCAGCGUCUGAAUUCUUAGAAGGCAGGGGAGGGGCGCUUUUUUCUUUUUUGGGGGGAAGGGGGGGCGCAUUCCUUGUCUCUCUCCCAUCUCCCUGUCUCUUUACCCUCCCAUCACCUUCCCAACAGGAGGAGGGGAGGAAAGGACCCUGAGUCAGCACGGAGAGAGAGAGAGAGAGACAGAGUGCGCAAAGAGGCAAAAGAAGGAGAAGAGGGAGAUCAGUCCCACCCCCCCCAGCUAUGAAACUUCCCAGCCCCCCCUCUUCGCCACGGCCUCGCUUGCUGAGAUGCGCCCUGGGCAUCCUUCUGACCAUUGAGCUCGGACUCUGCGCUCUUCUCCCAGACUCUGGGAUAUUCCUCAUCUAUAGCAGUGGUCUGCAAGGCUGCUUGGAGACUAAGGACUCUCUAGUGAAAAUUUCCAAGAGCUGCAACACCAGCCUCCCAGCUCAGAAGUGGAAAUGGGUUUCCCGGAACCGGCUUUUCAACGUUGGGACCAUGCAGUGCUUGGGGGUCUCCUGGAAGUCUGCAAACUCCAGCGCAACAGCCCAGGCACUAGGCACCUAUGAGUGCGACCGGGAAUCUGUCAACAUGCGGUGGAACUGCCGGAGCCUGGGUGACCAGCUUUCCCAGUAUUUGAGCUCCCGGUUGGGGAACUGGUCACUGACACCAUCGGAGAGGGGCGAUCAGGCACGAGGAGGCCAGUGGAAGAUCUAUGGCCACGAUGAAGAUUUGUGCUCCAGGCCGUAUUCGGAAAUUUACACCAUUCAAGGCAACUCUCACGGGAAGCCCUGUACCAUCCCCUUCAAGUACGACAACCAGUGGUUCUAUGACUGCACCAGCAUGGGGCGUGGAGAUGGUCACCUCUGGUGUGCCACCACACAGGAUUACGGCAAAGAUGAAAGAUGGGGGUUCUGCCCCAUUAAGAGCGAUGACUGCGAUACAUUUUGGGACAGGGACCAGCUCACCAACAGCUGCUACCAGUUCAACUUCCAGUCCACCCUGUCUUGGCAGGAGGCUGGGAAGAGCUGUGAGCAGCAAGGAGCCAGCCUGCUGAGCAUCACUGAGGUCCAUGAACAGACCUACAUCAAUGGACUGCUAACGGGAUAUGGUUCCACACUGUGGAUUGGGCUUAAUGAUCUGGACCUCAACGGGGGCUGGCAGUGGUCAGACAACUCACCUUUGAAGUUCCUUAACUGGGAGAGUGAUCAGCCUGACAACCCCAGCGAAGAAAACUGUGGGGUGAUACGGACAGAGUCGUCAGGGGAAUGGCAGAACCGUGACUGCAGCAUGGCCCUGCCCUAUAUCUGCAAGAAGAAACCCAAUGCCACUUCUAAUAUAUACUUCUUACUGGAGUCUGAUGUGAAGGUUGACUGUGAUCCGAGCUGGCAGCCUUUCCAGACCAACUGCUACCGCUUGAUCAGUGAAAAGAAGAGUUGGCCAGAUGCCAAAAAGACCUGCUUGCGGAGCGAAGGGGAUCUGGUCAGCAUCCACACCCUCAACGAACUGGAGUUUGUUACCAAGCAAAUCAAGCAAGAUGUCGAAGAGCUCUGGAUUGGCCUGAACGAUCUCAAGCGGCAGAUGAGCUUUGAGUGGUCAGACGGCACGCCAGUGCAGUUCACAUUCUGGCACCCCUUUGAGCCCAACAAUUUCCGAGACAGCCUGGAGGACUGCGUGACCAUCUGGGGACCGGAGGGGAGGUGGAAUGACAGCCCUUGCAACCUGACGUUGCCUUCCGUGUGCAAGAAGCGUGGCCGUGUGAGCCAGGGAAGAGAAGAAGAGGACCACGGCUGCAGAAAGGGCUGGAAAUGGCAAACUCCAUCUUGCUAUUGGCUGGGAGACGACCACGUGACAUACAGUGAUGCUCGGAAGGUGUGCACAGAUUAUUCGUCUACUCUGGUCACCAUCACCAACAGGUUUGAACAGGCCUAUGUGAGCAGUCUAAUUUAUGGCUGGGAGGACGAAUAUUUCUGGACAGCUCUACAGGACAUAAAUGAAACGGGCUCCUUUCGUUGGUUGAGCGGGGACGAAGUCACCUACACCCACUGGAAUCGCAACCAGCCCGGUUAUAACAAAGGCGGCUGCGUUGCCUUGGCCACGGGGAGUGCCAUGGGACUAUGGGAAGUGAAGAACUGCACCAGUUUCAAGGCCAAAUACAUCUGCAGGCAGAAUUUGGGGACUCCGGUGAACCCUGAGCUUCCUUCGCCUCAUCCCACCCCGAGCCUCAUGGGAACUUGUCCAGCGGGAUGGGUCACCAGCCCCAAGUUGAGGCACUGCUACAAGGUGUUCACCUACGACAAACUGCAGGAGAAGAAAAACUGGAUCAUGGCCCAUUUGUUCUGCAGCGAUCGGAAAGCACAACUCUUGAGCGUCGGCACUUACGAGGAGGAACAUUUUAUAGCCAACACGCUCAACAAGAUAUUUGGGGCAUCAGAACCUGAAAUUCAUGAGCAGCAUUGGUUUUGGAUCGGCUUGAAUCGCCGGGACCCGGGACUUGAGAGGAGCUGGCGAUGGAGUGAUGGUCUUGGGUUCUCCUACCAUAACUUUGACCGCAGCAAUCACGAUGACGAGGACAUCCGGAACUGUGCGGCGCUGGACUUGGCAUCCUUGCAGUGGAUGCCUCUUCAGUGCGACGCUCAACUGGACUGGAUCUGCAAACUGCCCAAAGGCACUGAUGUGAAAGAGCCAGAGACAACCGUUCAAGCGAGCAAUGAGUGGGUGAAAUACCAAGAUGCUGAGUACAAGUUCUUUGACCAUCAUUCAACUUGGGUGCAGGCUCAGAGGAUCUGCACUUGGUUCCAAGCCGAGCUGGUGUCAAUUCACAAUCAAGCUGAGCUGGACUUCCUGGGUCAGAACUUGAAGAAGUUUUCAAGGGGACAGGAGCAGCACUGGUGGAUUGGACUGAGCACCUAUGAGAAUGAUGGACGAUUUCGGUGGUCUGAUUAUUCUCUCUUGAACUUCGUCUCGUGGGCACCAGGAAAGCCUCGGCCUACCACCAAGGACAGGAAGUGUGUGUACAUGACCGCUAGCCGAGAGGACUGGGGCGACCAGAAGUGUUUUACUGCUCUGCCUUACAUCUGCAAGCGCACCAAUAUUACCACAGGCUCCUUGCCACCCCUGCCAGCACCUACUCCUGGCAGCUGUGCCCAGGGCUGGCAUGCUGUCGGCAAUAAGUGCUUUAGGAUUAACAGCGAAGAGCAGGUAACCUGGCAAGAGGCGAAGCGAAGGUGUGAGAUUCAGGGGGGCGUGCUGGCAACCAUCUCCAAUUACGUUGAGCAAGCCUUUAUAACCACUCUCCUUCCAAAUGUGACCUCUGACCUGUGGAUCGGCCUCCAGGACGCAAAGAAGGAGUUCCAGUGGGUGGAAGCUGAGCCGGUCAGCUUUGUGAACUGGGGUCCUGGUGAGCCCUCUGGAUGUGGGGCAGCCACAGCUAGUGAGAACCCGACCAACUGCGCUGUGGUUUGGCAUGGCAUCCCGCCCCAGUUCACCGGCCGCUGGGAUGACAGGAAUUGCCUGGAGGAGAAAAAUGCCUUCAUCUGCCAGAGGAGGAAAGAUCCUGCCCUGAGCCCUUCCCCAGCAACCUCCCCCCCUGCUUCCAACUCCACCCUCUCGUACUUCAACAGCACUUACCGCAUCCUGCAGAAGCCUCUCAGGUGGCAGGAAGCCAUGCUCCUGUGCGAGAGCCUCAACACAAGCCUGGCGAGCAUGACGGAGCCGUACACUCAGGCUUUCCUCACCCAAGCAGUGAGCAGCCUGCAGACCCCGCUCUGGAUUGGCUUGUCCAAAGAGGAGGGGAGGCGAAGCUACACGUGGUUCACAGAGGAGAGCCUUUCCUACACAAACUGGCAGGCUGGAGAACCGCAGCAGCUUGUGGGGUGCGCAUACAUGGAUGUAGAUGGGACCUGGAGGACCGCCGGCUGCGACACCAAGCUCCAAGGGGCCAUCUGCAAAAUGAGCACAGGUACUCUCUUCCCUUUCAGGGGCCCUUCCCCCCACAAGUGGAGGUACAACGGGAGCUGCCCGAAAUCUGUGGAGGAUUCUUCCUGGAUCCCCUUCCGGAAUCACUGCUAUGCCUUCCACAUGGAAGUCGUGCUGGGCCAGAAAGAAGCUAAGAAGAGAUGCGAGAAAGUUGGAGGUACGGUGCUGUCCAUCCUAGACGAGAUCGAGAACCUAUUCGUGUGGGAGCAUCUUCAGGCUUAUGAGAGCCAAUCCAAAGGAGCUUGGCUGGGGAUGGCCUUUAACCCCAAAGGGGGCACACUUGUCUGGCAUGACAACAUGGCGGUGAACUAUUCUAACUGGGGGCAGGAUGACACGGGACCCAGCAUGCUCAGCCAAAACAGCUGCUACUGGAUCCAGAGCAGCAACGGGGUGUGGCACUUGGGCUCCUGCUCCAACGUCACCAUGGGAGUCAUCUGCAAAACAGCCCGAGCGGAAGAAAGCAGCCUCUCCAGAUCAGCUUUCCUGGAGAACACAAAGGCCAUCGCGGUGGUUAUCCUCUCCUCCUUAGCACUGUGUGCCCUGAUAGCAGUUGCUAUCUAUCUGUACAAGCGCCGGAGGACCUCAGAGCGAGGGGCGUUUGAGAGCGCCCGUUACAGCCGCACCAACUCCAACCCCAGUGAAUCUGCAGAGAAGAACAUUCUGGUGUCUGAUAUGGAGAUGAACGAACAGCAAGACUAGUGGGGGGAUUGGCAAGCCGGGGUGGGGGGAGGGAGGGACCUGAGUACCUGUCAUAACAUGCCAUCUGAACAGCAAGCCCCCGAGGACAGCAUAGGGCAACAGCAGGGUCAAUAGAUAGGACUGUGAACUGCUAAGGAGAUGUGGAGAAAUACUUUUUUAAAAGUCCCAUUUGUAUGUGACACUGGAAGAAAUUCAACCCUGGCCUUGUACGUCUGCCCUUCUCAAAGAGGAGCCAUGGGAGAAAAGGGAAGGUGGUUCAUUUGUUGGAGAGAGUGAGUUAGAAAGCCUCAUUUUGGAUGCUCCAGUCUCUGCAGUGUCUUCUCCACAUUUCCUUAGAGAAUGAAAAUGCAAGCCUUAAUUCUUCCUGGUUCUAAUAUUAAAACAGGGAAGGGCUUGCAAGGUUUCCUCGUGUUCUUCUUGGUAAGAACACACCUUUCUUAUUUCGGAUUACUUCUUGAAGCCAUGUGGAUAGUUAAAAGAGUGAUGGGCCCUUGAAUUCCUAAUAACGGUGGUUCGAUCUGCCAUUCCUCUGAUGCCGAGAUACCCCGAGAUAAAUACUUCCCCAGCCAUGCCACUGCCAUAGCAACCAUUCUGCUGUUAAAUUCUGUUGCCGUAUAGAGGGCCUUUCUGCGAAAACGACUGAAAGUGGUGCCACAAGUGUUUUCACAGCUUCAGGAUGGCCUCUUGGUGACAAAUGAGUAACGGGUGUGUGCUUGGGGGUGGUGGUGAAGAAGACAGGAAUGUUACUAUUUGCCUCUGCCUCUUUUAACGAUGACGACUCCUAGAUAGGCACUUCCUUGCAAAACUCAUAAGCCUUCAAAGAAUUGAACAUCGUUAUCAGCCCUUCUACAAACAAGUGGUGGUGGCGGGGGGGGGGGAGUUGGCUAAAUGGUCCUGGGGGGUUGUGUCAUUUCCCACUGAUCACAGAACAAAACAAUGCAUCGAGUAGGUCAAGUGUGGGGCUGGGACAUCUGCAUUUUGAACAGGAACAAUGAGCAUGAGUUGUCCACUCGAGGCAAGGCCUGCUUUUCCCCCAAGAACAAAAUGUUGCGGUCUGAGCACUUAAAGAAAAUGCAUUGUAUCUGCAACAGAAACACUGCCCUGAACUUAAAAUGGGAAACAAAUGCAUAUUUAUUGCAGAAUACAGGUGUUUUUUUUUUUUUGCAGAAAGGUCCUCGGAACAACAGCAUUUCUUGAGUGGAAAACAAAUAUACUGGCACUUGUUUUCAAUUUUAAUUUUGUUUUCGUUGUUGCCUUGCUGGAUAAGAGGUAUAGACAACUUGUUUUCUGGUACUUCUCGUUUUAUACCGUAUCAAAGUGCAUGUUUGACAAUUAUACCUUCUUUUGGGGGUAUUUUGUGUCUGUGUGUAGAUGUGAUGGCCAAAGGUUCUACAAUUCCCCCCUUUCCCACUUAAUUCUCAAUCAUUCUAAGCAAUGCAACAGGACACUAAAGUUUUUUUUUUUUUGCUUCCAGAAUAAGUAUACAACUUGGGUUUGGAUAGCAUAUGCUAGUGAGUGACCUUGGGUGAAAGAAAUGUGGAAUUAAGGGGGAAAAAUCAAACAGGGCAUGCUGUGGUUGUCGUUUUGUCCUUUGCUUCCAACUAAAUAACUUUUGAACAGUGGCUGAGCUAAAGAUGAUAAGGGGAGAAUAUUUCUUUUCUGCUACUCAAAUAAUUAUGAGAAUUGUUGUAUAUAUAUAAAAAAAAUCUGGUAAUUUUCACUUAAGCUGGAUAUUAAGUGUUCAUAAAAAUGUUUACCUUUGUCUCUUUAAUCUUUAGGUACCUGGAAGCUGCCAUACCAGGCCAUGGUAUGGGGAGUUUCUGAGACAAUCUUAGGUUUUCCAGUUCCUUUUCCCUUGAUGACUGCUGCUUGUUUCCUGGGGAUCUUUUUGGUUUAGAUAAAGGAUGUUCAUACAUAUUGAUUUAUGGCUAAUGCUAAACAACUUCUCUGCUCAGGGGAUCGUUUUUCAGGGCUGAAUUGGAAUGACUUUGCCCUGGACUCCACCAUGAGAUGUAUGAAGUAACAAUGCCUUCGAUAAUAUGUAGUGUGCCUUCAUCUCUCUCAUGAGUAGCCACAGGCAAGCCUUGUGUGUGUCUGGGCAAAUAAGCUCCCAGGCAAAAGGCCAAUUUCUGGGCUUGGGUGCUGGGAACCUCUCAUUUUACAAACGGAGCACUAACCCUUUUGCAGCAAUAUUGAACGGAGGAUUCCAAUGCAGGCGUGAAAAUGGUGCAGGUGAGAACUCAGUACCCAUGUUCACUGAAAUGGAUAUUCUCUGAAACCAAAGCUUCUGCCCCAAGAAUGUUGAUGUGCGGUAUGAGCACUUCUUCAACGUUUUGACAAAGGAAUUGUCAUGGAAAUGCCUUCUGCCAAGAAGGCAAGCCUGUUGGUCAAUAUAUAUUCAGGAAUUAAGUGCAAUAGCAGGCCUGAAAGGAGGGAAGGCUCUUCCCAGAUGUGUAUGCUGCUGCCAUUCCCUCAGACUCUCCCUCAGUAAUUAUGACAGUACCAUAGCCACCCCUUAGCAACAGUCUUGACCAUGUUAUUCCCCUCUCUGCUUUCAAGGUGAAUAAAACACAACCAGACAACGUAUCAUUGCGUUCCGUACAAGGAGGGAAGAGUUAUAUCCCAAAAUAAUGAGAAGUUUGCUUGUUUGUUUGUUUGUUUGUUUGUUUGCAAUUACUGGAAAAAUGCCUCAGAUUCAAUGCAUUUCCUAUCACCCUUCUGAAUAAUGUGAAAAGGUGCUGGAAAAGAAACUGGCAACUUUUAAAGUAAUUACUUUUGCUUUAAAAAAAAAAAAGCCUUCUAGAAUCUUGGAAUAAAGCUUCAUUUCCCCAUCCGUUUCAGCAAAA